AUGAACAUAGACCAACCGCAGGACUUGAUUACAUCUAAGCAGUGCAGUGACAGAGAACAGACCACUAUGAUGAUGGAUGUGCAAGGCGGUGAUGAACCGGGCUUGGGUGGACUCAGUUUGCAAGACCAGUUACUUAUGAGGGAAUUUUCACAUCAAGGCUAUGCGUCGCAGAUCGCCGCAGAGUCUCUGAACAGAUUGAUGGAGGAGCUGGAUGUUAACUCAGGAUUCGAUCGUGUCGAGCUUAUCCGAAGCGGCCUCGGUCACAGCCAUUUCAUUACCGACGCUGCCGAAGGACCAGGGGUCUCUAAGGGUGGAUCCUCUCUGCAAUUGUCGCAGUUCACGGAACUGUUUUAUGAAGAUCCAGACUGCAAGAAAAAAGGCGAGGAUCUCCCAUAUUGCGAGACGGUAACCGAAGUUGACGGUGUAUGUCCAAGGGCUGAGGCAGAAAGUCGCGAGGAAGAGUUUUCCUGUCGAGGGAGGUUAUUGCGAGAGAGGCGAUUCCUGUUGUUGGUGGUGUUUGGGGGAAUUGGGGUUGGUGCUUUUGUCGCGAGUGAGAGUGGUGGUGGUGGUGGUGGUGGUGGGGACCCGGGUGCUGAGCUUGAGAAAAUCCCCUUCUCACCACAGGACGCGUACUCGGGGAGUGCAUUCCAUGCCGUCUUUGAGCACGGACCUGCCAUCGAAUUGGACUCUUAUGUCGUGCAUCAUGCCCAUUUUGAGCACGGAAGGCUGCUGGCAUGAUCGGGCGACAAGGAUGGUGCGAGGCAGCUAGUUCUACCAGUAAUGUAACAUGAUAUUGCCCAGAUAUAAUUUUAUCUUCCGGAACACCAAGUAAAUGCCAGGAUGUAUCCAACGGUGCCCAGUACCCUGUGUUGGUCACUUGGGCUGGGAUUGUUUUCGGUGCUACACAUCUCCGCCAGUCAAUACAU